AUGCCUUUCACUUCGCCCUUCAAGGAUUUGGACAUUCCCACCAAUGUCGAUGUGUGGUCUCUUGUUUUUGACCGGCAGAAUGUUCCGUUCCCGACCUCCAAGAGGGUGAUGACCUGCGCCGAAAACACCGAGCUUUCGCAUACUUGGGACCAAAUACGGGCUGCGUCCAUCGACUUUGGCAAGGGCAUGAAGGAUAUGUGGCGUUGGAGGAAGGGUGAAGUUUUGGCGUUGUAUACGCCGAAUAGCAUCGAUGUAAGCCUGCCGCCGAUACAUGAAGCGUGGCGUUGGACCCCAAUCGUCACUCUCGGCGCCAUCUGGGCCGGCGCCGUCGUCUCGCCCGCCAACCCGCUCUACACCGUCGAAGAGCUCACCUUCCAACUCAAAGACUCGGGCGCCAAAGCCAUCGUCACGCAAGCUCCCUUCCUCAAGACCGCCGUCGAAGCGGCCAAGAAGGCCGGCAUCCCCAACAACCGCAUCAUCCUAGUCGGCCAGCACAGCGACCCUUUGGGGAAAUUCAAGCACUUUCGCAACAUCAAGUGCGUCGACUUCCCCGCCCGCUUCAGGAAGACCAACAUCAACCCGGAGAAGGACCUCGUCUUCCUGGUCUACAGCUCCGGCACGACGGGCCUGCCCAAGGGCGUGUGCUUGACGCAUCUGAAUGUUGUCUCCAACAUUUUGCAGGCCGCGGAUGUGGAUGGGAGAUAUUGGUCUGCGACUGGUGGGUUGGACGGUGAAGGCGAUAAGUUUUUGGGCGUGCUUCCGUUUUUCCACAUCUAUGGCCUCACCUGCGCCCUCUUCAUGUGUCUCUACCUCGGGUGGGAGAUGUUUGUCGUCGAGCGGUUCGACCUGGAGAAGGCCCUACAGACGAUCCAAGACCAGCGCAUCACGGGCUUCUACGUGUCUCCUCCGGUCGUGUUGGCCUUCGGCAAGAGCCCGCUGGUGGACAAGUACGAUCUCAGCACGCUCAAGGUCAUGCACUCGGGCGCCGCGCCCCUGACGAGCGAGCUCACCGAGGCCGUCUGGCAGCGCCUCAAGAUUCCGGUCAAGCAGGGCUACGGCCUGAGCGAGACCAGUCCCGUGGUGUCGUGCCAGACUGUGGAUGAGUGGGCUAAGUUUAUGGGUUCUUGCGGCAAGAUGAUGCCGAACAUGGAGGCGAAACUGGUGGAUGAAGAGGGCAAGGAGGUUGCCGAUGGUGAGGUUGGCGAGCUGUGGGUCAAGGGACCUAAUGUGUUCAAGGGUUACUAUAAGAAUCCAGAGCGCACAAAAGAGGCCUUUUCGGAGGACGGCUAUUUCAAGACAGGAGACAUGUUCCACAUCGACAAGCACGGCAACAUGUACUGCGUGGAUCGUCUCAAGGAGUUGAUCAAGUACAAGGGUUUCCCUGUCCCACCAGCCGAACUCGAGGGUCUUAUCCUAGGCCAUAGCGAUGUAACGGAUGUGUGCGUUAUUGGUGUCGAGGACCAUAGCCAAGCUACCGAAGUGCCUCGGGCGUACGUCGUCCUUCGGCCAGACGUGCAAGCCAGCGACAGCAAGGCGCAGGAGAUCAUUGACUACGUUGCUAAGCAAGUUGCUCCUCACAAGAAGUUGCGCGGAGGUGUUCGAUUUGUUGCCGAGGUGCCCAAGUCGCCCAGUGGAAAGAUUCUCCGGAGAAUGCUGAGGGACAAGGUGAAGCAGGAGGAGCGUGUUGCGGGAUCAAAGCUUUAA